AUGAUGAUCAUGGAGCCUUCAUCCUCUGACCUGAGCACUAUGGAGAGUAGUAGUAGUACUGGUGGUUUGAAUAAUAACGGUUCACCCAUUCCUCCUUCUCGACCUCUGGCUCGAAGGCUCUCCAUGUUGAACCAUCCUUCCUCAAUGGAACGAAAAAGCAGUGAAUCCAACAUGAUCAUCCGAAAGAAUAAGCAUCACAGUAUUGCAGGAUCAAGCCUGAUCAUUAGCUCUCCAUCCGCUCUUAAGACAACAACAACAACAUCCUCUUCUCCUCAAUCUCCUUCAUCCUCAACUUCACCCACCUCUCCUCAUGGAAUGAUUUCUUUCAAGAACAUGAACAAUUCUCCACGAGGAGGAGCAACAAAACCAAGCCCAUCGGUGGUCAUGUUCCAUACACCGUCUUCACCCUCAUCCAAUGCUGUAACGACUACGACUUCGCCCUCAAUAACCACCUCACUUCCACCCCUUGUUCCUCCACCUCGAAGCUCUUCUCUUCCUCCUCUCUAUAUGAAUACAUCGACGAUGGCAACCUCAUUCUCCAAUGCUUCAUCGAAUGGCGCUGCAGAGAAUGACGGAGGAGUCUCUCCCUCUUCUCCAUCUUCCCAAUCAAGCGUGGAGAGUAGUUCUGUUCACUCAGUUUCGAGUCCACGCGAACAGCUCAUAGCAUCGGCUGUAGUAACGCCCUCAAUCGUGAAUCGAAAACGCUCUUCAGGCUCCUUUGGUUUGGUCAUGGAACAAUUAUCGACAACAGGCUCGCCUAUUUCGCCCAAUCCGUCGCUUGAGUUGCAUGGUCGAACGAGAAUGAGAAUUGAUUUAGAAAAUCCCACUUCCAAUACCACUCCUGAUAACAAGAAACUUUCGAGGUUAUUGAAUAGGAGAAACUCGUUUGCAAUGAAUGGAACUCCUGGAUCAACAAAUUCUACUGGGUCUCCAUCGCCGAUUGUGGUUUCACACAACGAGGGAAAUGGCAGCAGCAAUGCCAAUAAUUUAUCGCCUCGAAAUUAUAAUACGCACUUGCAUCCCCAUCAUUUACAUAUUUCAAAGAGUGAUUCUGAGCUCAUGGAUUCAACCAAUGAUGGGUCCUCUCCAAAAGAACAUUCAGAACGCCUGCCCAUUCUCGUUCAUCACCACUCUCUGCGUUCUAAGGGAGAGAAGGACUUCAACAACAUUUUCGGAGAGAACGAGCAGGCCAUGAAAGAAAUGGAACAGUUUUCACAGAUGCAAAGCUCCCCACGUCUCAUGUCGGCAAGAAUAUCUACUGGUAUGAGUGGAAUUUCAUCACCUCGAAAUGGGGAAGCAGUUACGAACAGUGGAUCUUCCCUUGUGACCUCCACUUCCUCUCCUGCCUCAAAGAAGCCCUCCUUCGAUAGGCUUGUUUCAUCCUUUGCAGAAAUACAGGAUCAAAGGAAAGAACUUAAAAAAGAUCCACAAUUUCAAGAGCACAUGAAAGAGUUUUCGACACAUGUUCGAGCUUACAACACCCGAUGUAUUUUAAAUGAGCAGGAAAUUCUCGAAUUUAUAAGCGAUAAACGAGACUUCCCCGACGAGCUCGAUCCCAAUAUUCUCUCCAAGGCGAGUGACAAGGAUGUCAAGUGGUAUGUGACAACAUUGGGAGAAAAAACGGUCAACAUGCUCUGUGAAUGGAAGCAUCGUCUCAAUUACUUGGAAAGCGAAUGUAAGGACGUUCAGGAUUUUUCAGAAAUGAAGCAAAAGAUUGAACAUAACAUUAAGCAAAUGAAAGAGACGUUGGGAAGUGUCUCAUCGGUGACUGCAGCUGAACACUUUUUGGAAAUGGAUUCCGACAUUAAACUUUUGCAAGAUGAGGAAUCAAAACCGUCACCACCUAUCCCACUAAGGAAAGGAAGAUCAAAAUCAUUGAUCUCCAAUUUUUCAAGCAGCUCAAAACCCAAGAAUAAGUAA